GAAAACCUCACAGCGCCAUCAUGUAGCGCUGCCACAGUUUACAGUGAUUGGGCAAUGCAGCCACAUGGCCACGCCCCCUCACUAUCACAGCUAAUAUUUACAUCUGAGACUAGAAAGUACAGUAAGUGAUCAGCAAUAGCAGGCAAGCCAUCAUUCAACGUGUCUGUCGGAUCAUACAGUAGGAGGAAAUGAAUACUUACUUUGACUAUUUUUCAAGUGGAGACGUUUUAGCAUUGUCAGCUAAGUUCUGCCAUGCUGAACACAGGCCUGGCCCUCUGCAACCUUAUUCCGUUCCUGGAGAGAGUAUGGGGAGUGUGCCCGUAGGUGCAAAUUACCAAGAUCAGCAUCAAUCUCAUACUCGUUCACCAAUCAGGUUUCCUCCGGGUACUUUAGAAAUACCCUACGAUAGCAGUCAAAAUGGGGCCGAGUUCAGCUACCUGGGCCAGGGUGCAGGAUAUGGUUUAACAUAUGGGUGUAAUAACGAAGCAGACGACAUCGGGCCACAGGUCCAGUACAUGACUUCUGUAUACCCAGGAAAUGGAUCAUUUCCACUUAACCAUGGACAAUCUGGUUACAACAGCCUUGGUGAGCAAGAUUGUUACAACCAAUGCAAUAAGGAACAGCGUGAUCGUGAUAUUUAUUUGGGAAGUUAUCAAAGUCUUUCACCCUCUCAGGAAAGUUACCCAAAACCAAAUUCACCAAGAGAUGAGACAUCAGUCACAGCAAAUACAUUUGAGUGGAUGAAAAUCAAAAGAAACAACCCCAAAAACAGUAAAGUGACCGAAUGUGGAUUGACCAAUACUGUCGCUACAGCUCGGACGAAUUUUACUACCAAACAACUCACAGAACUGGAAAAGGAAUUCCAUUUUAACAAAUAUCUAACCAGAUCCAGGAGAGUUGAGAUAGCAACAACGCUGCAGCUAAACGAGACCCAGGUGAAGAUCUGGUUUCAGAACCGGAGAAUGAAACAGAAAAAGAGGGAACGAGAUGGCCUUGCGGUUUCGGCUCCCUUUAGCUCAAAUAACUCGGACACUUCUGCGUCAGAAAACAGUUCUCCAAUUUCAUCUCCUUCUUGCUCUCCAAAAAGUUAUGCAUGAAUGUAGGCCAAUGAUAUUUAAGUGUUUAUAUAUGUUUCAGGUUAUUUUCAGAGGGGGUUCAUGUGGUCAAGUUGUAAAACGUGAUGAUUUACAAUGCUGAAAACCAACUUAAUUUUUUUUUUUUUUUUUUUUUUGGAAAUGCAGCGUUUUCCCUAUGUAAGUGCUAAAAAAACUGCAUUUUAUUACAAUUUGAAAAAUGUGACCAAUACAUCCAUUCAGGGAUCUUCCCAUUUGUCAGAUAAACAGGUUUGCAAUAAUCUUUUAACAAAUGUUUGUUUUAUUUUGUUUUUGUCAAUGAACAACAAAUAUAUAUUAUUCAUUGCACUAAUGUUUCGUUAUGAUGCUAAAUUAUUCCUGUAUAUUUGUAAAUAUUCUAUACUUAUAGGUUUUUUUUUUGUUUUCAUUAUGAAAGUUGUCCCGGGCAGCAUGUUUACUUUUUUUAAAUUGAAAUGAUUGUUUCCAUGUCAAACACAAGUACUGCCUUAGUAUUACCGAAUUGCUUUAAAAAAAAAAACAGUUUACUGUCUACCAACCAAACCAAAGGGCUAUUGAAAGCUGCUAUACAUCUCUAUCCAAAUAUAAAACUAAUCACAGAAGCACCAGGUUAAACGCCAUGGGAAGUUUGCACUAUGUAUGUCUCAGGUUAAAAGGUUAACUUGCUGCUAAGUAACCAUAGGUGCCUAUUAUUUAUCGACGUUAAAUGCUGGUUUUAAGUUCGUAUUUUUCAGAGACUGAAUUAAGAUUUAUAUGUGCGCUAUUUAUAUGUAAUUCAAAAUCCAUCCAAUCUAAUAUGAAUCACUCAGUUUCUUCUGUUGGAAGUGUUGUUCUUCAAUCCUCUUUGUUAAAGGUGAAAUCUAACACCAACGCAUGUAAGCAUUUUUUUUAAUAAAAUGAGA